AUGAGAGAAAAAGAGGUUAUGCACCCUAUGGAAGACGUGAGAGGCAAGUUUGAAAUAGAAGAUUUAUCUUCUGAAUGUCUGAAGAAUGGAACUAAUUUCAGGUCUAAUGGGGCAGUGCCACACCAGAGCCAGCCAUCAGCCUGCUCCCCAGGAACAUACCCAGGAUUACUGGAUUCAGGAAUAAAAAAGGUUUUGGUCACAGGAGGUGGAGGAUAUGUUGGCCACAAUCUGGGCUGUAUUCUCACUCAAUCAGGAAUUUCUGUUGUGCUCUUUGACACAAAACCAUCUGAGUGGGAGACCCCCAAAGGAGCGACAUUUUUCCAGGGCGACAUACGGAAUUAUGAUUCUCUGUACAAUGCUUGCCAAGACGUUGAUUGCAUUUUUCACUUGGCCUCAUUCGGAAUGUCUGGAAGUCAGCAACUCCAGAAAGAAUUAAUCGAGUCUAUUAACAUAGGAGGAACUAAAGUGGUUAUUAAUGUUUGUUGUAGCAGGAAUAUCCCAAGACUAAUUUAUACAAGUACAGUAAACGUGGUAUUCGGUGGCAUCCCAAUUAAAGAUGGCGACGAGGAAACAACAACCUACUUUCCACUUGAUAAGCACAUCAGCCAUUAUUCCAGGUCAAAGGCGAUUGCUGAUCAGAUGGUCUUGGCAGCUAAUGGAACCGCACUUAACGGAGGUGGCAAGCUGCAUACGUGCGUACUACGAUCCUCUGCUAUUUAUGGACAAGAUGAGCGUCGCCAUUUUCCUAGAAUAAUAGCAAAUGUGAAGAGGAGUCUUGUGUUCUUCAAGUUUGGGAGCAAAGACGCCAAGAUGAACUGGGUUCAUUUGUCCAAUCUUAUAGAAGCCCAAAUCUUAGCAGCAGAAGCAUUGACUCCCUAUAAGGCACAUGUAGCGAGUGGACAAGCAUAUUACAUACAUGAUGGGGAAAAUGUCAAUGUGUUUGAGUGGUUCCACCCAUUGUUUGAAAAGCUCGGUUACAGUGAUCCAUGGAUUCAUAUCCCCUACUCUCUGGUUUAUGGUGCAGCUAUCAUCCUGGAAUUCCUGCAUCUUGCAAUAAAACCAUUUUUAGAAAUCAAUCCAAUGCUUACAAGAUACGAGGUGAUGAACGCAGGUGUGAUGUACACAUUCCGAAUAGACAAGGCCAGGAAGGACCUUGGUUAUAACCCAAAGAAGUUUUUCUUAGCCGACAUUGUGAAGUUUUACGAACUGGAGCCAUCAAAACCUCAGCACUUCUGGCAAAUACUUUGCGUUGUUGGGUUCUGCAUCUUUAUUUAUAUAUUCUUUGUUCUGUUUUUGUAGAAAGAUCAAAUGUCCAGAUGUUUCCUUUAACCUUUUGCAUCACAGAACUUGCACUGUCUAAGAGUUAUGCGUACGUUAGUAUUGAAUAGUCACAAACAUAUUUACAGAUGAAUCAUAAAGCUCAGGGAAUCAAUCUAUAAACUAUUAAAAAAAACAAA